AUGCUCCCGGGGACACACGUCUUCUCUCAUCAACAUCAAUAUAAUCCGCAGGUCGACCAACCAUGGAUGCACCAGCAGACCCACCUUCAACAGGCGCAGCAGCAGCAUGCAGCGGCGGUUCAAGCAGCUCAUUAUAAUCGCAUGGCGGGUCAAAACCAAAACCACAACGCCGCUGUACCUUCCAUUUCUUCAAAUCACGGACAAGACGCAGCAGCCAUGAUCGACUCCAAUGUUUCAGAAGAAAAUAGAAGGACUUUGAACUUCAUUGCAGAUUUACUCAAUGAAGACACCAGGGAAGCUGCUCUCCUGGAACUCAGCAAGAAGCGCGAGCAAGUGCCAGAGCUUGCAUUGAUACUGUGGCAUUCUUUUGGUGUGAUGACAUCACUUCUUCAAGAGAUAAUCUCAGUCUAUACUCUUCUCAAUCCCUCCCAACUCACCGCCGCCGCAUCAAAUCGAGUCUGCAACGCCUUGGCCCUUCUACAAUGCGUAGCUUCUCACAAUGAGACUCGCGCCCUUUUCUUGAACGCUCACAUCCCGCUUUUCCUCUACCCUUUCCUCAACACGACUUCCAAAUCCCGACCUUUCGAGUAUUUACGUCUUACCUCCCUUGGAGUCAUCGGGGCCCUUGUCAAGAACGAUUCAUCCGAUGUCAUCAAUUUUCUCCUCACUACUGAAAUAAUUCCAUUAUGUCUUCGAAUCAUGGAGACCGGGUCAGAACUUAGUAAGACGGUUGCAAUCUUCAUUGUGCAGAAGAUCCUUCUCGAUGAUCAUGGUCUUAAUUAUAUUUGUGCUACCUAUGAGCGCUUUUAUGCUGUUGGCACAGUACUCAGCAAUAUGGUUUCACAACUUGUUGAACAACAAACUGCGCGAUUGUUGAAGCAUGUCGUCCGCUGCUUCCUUCGAUUGAGUGAUAAUGCGCGAGCCCGCGAAGCUCUCCGCCAAUGUCUCCCCGAACCUCUUCGCGAUGCCACUUUCUCCUCGGUCCUUCGUGAUGACGCUGCUACCAAACGAUGCCUUGCACAACUCCUUAUCAAUUUAUCCGACAAUGUUGUUGAAUCUUCAUCGGGUCACCAAGGUCUCUAA